UGUGUGAGUCAGAUCAUUCGGCUCAGCCCUCCGUUAAGAGACUAUUAUUUUCUAGAACAGACAAAUGUUAUGAUUGUUCUUGAGUACUUACGCAUAGAUGAGGUCGGUUACAAAAAUAAAAUACUCUAAAUUCUCGUCCUAAUUACCAAAACUAUGCGAGUCUGCUCUUUACGUUCAUCUAAAAGAACCGAAUCAAUGAACCGACCCCUUCACAAACGAUACACAGAAUAUCGACUCUUUAGGGAAAGUUAGAUAACCUCUCAAGCCUGAUGCUUGACACUGAAGUAAAUAUCGUUUUAACAUGAACAAAGUGUUUUAAAUGUAUAUAAAGAAAUGUUUUCGAGUUGACGACAGUAUCAGUCAUUUGCAGAGUUGAAGAUAACGCAGAUAAAGUGUUCAUUGGACGAGGAAGAACGUGUUCACGGGACGUGUGUUUAAUCCUCUGGAGGAAGAAAACUCUGUGGCAUCAGAGUUUUUAUGUCCCACCUGCUGCCUUAUCUUGUAUCUCCAGCUUUGCCCUGUGUCUCUGUGUGUGUUCGUUCCUAAAAGGAAGAGAGCGUCUUACACAUCAAUCUUCUUGGGGUAUGACUGACACCAUGUUUGGAAGCGGGAACCAUCAGUGGGUAUGUCCCAAUGACCGACAACUCGCUCUAAGAGCCAAACUCCACACAGGUUGGUCGGUGCACACGUUCCAAACAGAAAGGCAGCGAAAAACCCAGGUGCUGAACAAGAGUGAGCUAGACAUCAUCCUGAGCGUCAUCCACAGAGCCGAGCAGCUGGACCUGAUCGAACAGCACAGAAUCGGGCGUCUGAUGGAGCGUUUGGAGAACAUGAAGAGGUCAGCAGUGGGGAACGGUCUGUCCCAGUGCCUGCUGUGUGGAGAGGCUCUGGGGCUGUUGGGAAAUCCUUCAGUCCUCUGCUUCGACUGCUGCAAGAAAGUGUGCACCAAGUGUGGGAUUGAGACGGCUUGCACUCAGAAGAGAGCUCAGUGGCUCUGCAAGAUCUGUAGUGAACAGAGAGAGGUGUGGAAGCGUUCGGGUGCGUGGUUCUACAAGUCUCUCCCGAAGUACAUUCACCCAGAGAAGGAUUCCUUCAUGGAGCGGAGGCCUGUGAUGGAGAGAGAGGAGCAGCCAGUGGUCAGAAGUGUGCCCAUCAACUACACCUGGGCCCAGAGGAAAGUCGACUCGAGUGAGAGCGAUGGCAGUGACUCGGAGCUCAGUGAUGCCAGCAGCGACAGAAAGAUCUUCAUCCCCGAGAGCGUCAAAAGACGGCACUCGGCUCUGUCCGAGUCCAGCGGGAGUGUGGGACCCCCGCCUCAGCAGUUCAUCCUGAGCAGCCCGUCCCGAGCCAGCUUCCUGUCAGGGAGCCACUCCAGUCUGAGCAGCGAGCGUGGUAGCCUGGCCCCCGCCCCCGAGGAUGAAGACACGGGGCAGGGCCGCACGUCAACGUUGAGCUCUGACAUGGCAGACACACGGGCAGGGAUGAGACGUGACAAAGCAGCCACACGUCAGUCAUUUUCGGUGACAUCUGUCAAUCUUCAGCGAGAGGAAGACGGAGCGCUUUUGUUAAAUGGAAGACGCAUGCUGUGUGAGCAGAACUGGUCCCCCACCACCACCACCACCACCACUGCUGCUGCUAUUGGGAUGUAGGAUAAUCAGGGGGCUGAUUAUUACAGGAGGAAUGAAGACCUGGAUUCCAGAACCACAGGAAAUUGUGUUGUAGAAGUAUAAUAUAAAUGGAAGCUAACACUUAUGUACUUCAGAUUGGCUGCCAGAGAUAGGGGACUCGAGUCAUAUGACUUGACUCGAGUCAGACUUAAAGGCAGGGUCUCCGAUUUUUGAGAAUAAAAAUAAAGAAAUUCAAUAAUAAAGAAAAAUCAAAACAAACGUGUAGCCAAAGAGCAGAAAGGGGCGGGGCUUGUCAAUAUGCGGCGGAGAGAGUGUUCAGUGCGCAUGUGUGACCUCAGCAUUGACAUGGAGUAACAUUGACAUGGGGGAUAAAAACAAAGAAAGAAAGCGAAGAAAGGCUUACGAUAAGGCAAGAAGUAGGA